AUGGAUCACCGCUACUACACUCUCGCUGAAGGCUGUCCCUAUGCCAGCAACGCCACCUCUGUGCAGCUGCGCGAUGGCCGCGGCGGCGGCCUGUCCCUCCUCCAGGACACGCAAUUGAUUGAGACUCUAGCUCAUUUCUCCUGGGAGAGGAUCCCAGAAAGAGUGGUGCACGCAAAAGCUGCUGGGGCCUACGGGGGAUUCACGGUCACCAAGGACUGUUCGGAUAUCACGUCCGCCAGCUUUCUGAACAAAGUCGGCAAGACUACCCCCGUGCUCUGGCGUGUGUCGACCGUUGGGCCUGAGUCAGGCUCGGCCGAUACCUUGCGAGAUGUGCACGGCUGGGCGAUGAAGUUCUAUACCGACGAGGGCAACUUGGACUGGGUUUUCAACAACACGUCUAAAGGACAGCCCGUGUUUUUUGUCCGCGACCCAAUGAAGUUUCCUUCCCUGAAUAGAUCCCACAAGCGGCACCCCCGGACCCAUCUGCCCAAUUCAGACAUGGAAUACCUCUUGGUGUUGACGCAUGCUGACUUGGGCAGCUUCCACAAUGGAAGCCCAGAGAGUUUCCACGAGCUCCUCCAUCUGUUCAGCGAUCGAGGAACGCCCGCGUCCCUACGCAAUAUGAACGCAUACGGCGGGCACACCUACAAACUAACAACCACUGAUGGAGCCUUUAAAUAUGUCAAGUUCCACAUCAAGACGAAUCAAGGAGUUCGGAACUUUACCCGGGAGGAGGCCGAAAAAAUGGCUGGGCAAAAUCCUGAUUUCCUUAUCCACGAUAUGUUCGAUGCAAUUGAGAGGAAAGACUACCCAAGCUGGACUGUCUUCGUGCAGGUGAUGGAUCCUUCGCAGGCAGAGAACUAUCGCUGGAACAUCUUUGAUAUGACCAAGGUCUGGGCCCACAAGGACUUCCCGCUGCGGGAGCUUGGCAAGUUGACUCUAAACCGUAAUCCAAACAAUUAUUUCACGGACAUUGAGCAGGCGGCAUUCUCACCGUCGACAAUGGUCCCUGGCAUAGCACCAUCUGCUGAUCCGAUGCUCCAAGCCCGCAUGUUUGCCUACCCCGAUGCGGCACGUUACCGACUGGGAGUUAACUACCAGCAACUUCCAACCAACGCGGCCAAAUGCCCCGUGUACUCACCCCUUCAGCGUGACGGUAAGAUGAAUUUCUCCGAUAACUAUGGGGCAGAUCCAAAUUACGUGGGGUCCUCGCUGCAGCCAACCAACUUUUACCCUAAACUCAAGGGGGUUGGGCCAAACACUAUCAGCACCCAGACUGAGCAUGAGAAGUGGGCGGGACAAAUCUCCACCUUCGCCACCCAAAUCACUGAUGACGACUUUGUGCAACCUGCGGCUCUCUGGGAGGUGAUCAAGAAGCAGCCAGGCCAUGAGCAGCGAUUCUACGGGAAUGUUGCUGCGCAUCUUUCCAAGGUUACUAGUGAUCGGCUGCGCAAUGAUAUUUACUUCCUGAUCUUGGCGCUGGUGUCAAGAAAGCCAUUGAGGAGCUUGUUGCUUCCCCAGCCCAGUGACCAAUUGGUUGUCAGUCAAACUAUUCCGGUGUAG